AACCCGUUGAACGCUUAUGCAUCUGUGGAUUUCCUGUUUGCUGCUGGGUUAGAUUCAACAAUGUCUGACGUGGCCAAGGACAAGGCAGCUCGCCUGUUGAAGAAGAGAGGCAGCGUCUCCUCACUCAGCAGCCAUGAGGUCAAAGCAAAGGAAACAAUUGGGAAAACUAAAGAUUCCAUGAGUACGGUGUCUUAUAUUGAUGAGCCUGGCCAGCAAGAUGACAAUCCUCGACCUGCUGUUCAAAUGGAGAACACAUACCAACUAGGUCCUGCAAAGCGUUUCCCUGUGGCCACAGUGAACAACAUUUUAAAAGACGUGCUAACCAGUUAUCUACAAGAGGAGAAGUAUGAAGCAGAACUGUGUAGGCAGAUGACAAAAACUAUAUGUGAGGUUAUAAAAGCCAGGGUGAAAGAUUUAAUGAUUCCUCGGUAUAAAAUAAUUGUUCUGAUCAAUAUCGGGCAGCUGAAUGAACAGAACAUGCGUAUUGGAAGCAGGUGCCUUUGGGACCCUACCAAUGACACAUUUUCAUCCUACACCUUCAAGAACACAUCUUUGUUUGCUGUUGCAAAUGUCUACGCAGCUUACUUUGAGUAACAGCCAGCCGGCACUGCUUAUUGUAGAAGAUACAGCAAAUAACAUUGUGUGUAUAUUGUAUAUAUCUUAUUAGAAACGGUCAUUUAUAUCCUAUUAGAAAUGAUGUAAUUAAACAAACUGGCCCCACAGUUAUCAUACAAAAAGACAAGUCAAUGAAAAUCUUUGGUCGUUUGUUCGUUUGAAGAGAAUCAUCAAGUGCUUAAAGGCUCAUUAAAGGCAUGAAAGGUGAUCCUGUCACGAAAUGCAAUUACACUUUAUUGCUUGCAUACAGUUAUAAUUAUGUAAUAGGUCAUUGUUCACAUAUUUAUUAGUCGGCAAUGCUGAGGAAUCAUGUUGUUAACAUUUCCAUAGAAAAAUAACCUGAUUAUUAUUUUAAGUGCUAACAACAAUGCUUUGCUAGUUCAGCAUUAUUAUAACCUUUGUAAUUAAGCAUUCAUAAAAAAAAUCACGAAAACAUAAGGGACCCCAUUUUCCACUCUGAGAUAAUUGCCCAUCUACUACAUUUAAUAUGGAGGGGGCACUUUCCCUGGAGUUUUCCCCGAUGGGAACAUACAGGGCAAAAUCUGAGAGUGCAGCAUUUUAAAAACUGGACCAAAUGUAAAAUGAAUAUUUUUACAAUAAAGCAUA